AUGACAGACAAUGCUACACAUUAUCAGUUUUUAUCUUUUUUUCUGGUUGGUAUUCCUGGGUUGCAAGAGUUUCACUGCUGGAUUGGCAUUCCUGUCUGCCUCCUGUUUGUCCUGACGCUCCUGGGGAACAGCGUAAUCAUUGUUACCAUUAAGUUAGAACCAAGCCUUCAUCAGCCUAUGUAUUUCUUCCUUUCCAUGCUGGCAAUGAAUGACAUGGCUCUUGCCACUUCCAUGGCUCCAAAGAUGCUUGGCAUCUUGUGGCUUGAGGCCCACUGGGUUGACUUUGAUGUAUGCCUCACCCAAAUGUAUUUCAUCCACACACUGUGCAUUAUAGAGUCAGCCUUCCUAGUAGCCAUGGCCUUUGAUCGCUAUGUAGCUAUCUGCAUUCCACUGCAUUAUACAACUAUCCUGACAACAUCAACGGUCAUUAAAAUGGGCUUAGCUGGUAUCAGCCGAGCUAUGCUUAUGGUUUUGCCCGGUCCCCUUCUCAUUAAGAGGUUGCCAUACUAUACAAAAUACAUCAUCAGUCAUGCUUAUUGUGAGCACAUGGCUGUGGUGAAGUUGGCCAGAGCAAAUACUUCUAUUAACAGAGCAUAUGGAAUUUCUGUAGCCCUUUCAGUUAUGAUAUUGGACCUGGGUCUCAUAACCACAUCUUAUAUCAAAAUCCUCCAGGCAGUCUUUCGGCUGUCUUCCCAGAAUGCCCGCUCUAAAGCCUUGGGCACCUGUGCCGCCCAUGUCUGCACUAUACUUGUUUCCUACACGCCGGCACUGUUUAGCUUCCUCACUCACCGCAUUGGCAAGAAAGUGCCUCCAACCCCCGUGCAUAUAAUCUUUGCAAGUGUGUAUCUCCUGGUGCCCCCAGCGGUUAAUCCCCUGGUAUAUGGUGUCAAGACCAAGCAGAUUCGUGACCGCGUGGUUGGUCUUUUCUUUCCAAACAAGAUUUCUGAGAAAUAA